AGCAGGAACAACACGAAUACAGUCCUGCUGUAUUCUCAGAGCAGGAACAACACGAAUACAGUCCUGCUGUAUUCUCAGAGCAGGAACUACACCAGUACAGUCCUGCUGUAUUCUCAGAGCAGGAACAACACGAAUACAGUCCUGCUGUAUUCUCAGAGCAGGAACUACACCAGUACAGUCCUGCUGUAUUCUCAGAGCAGGAACAACACGAAUACAGUCCUGCUGUAUUCUCAGAGCAGGAACAACACGAAUACAGUCCUGCUGUAUUCUCAGAGCAGGAACUACACCAGUACAGUCCUGCUGUAUUCUCAGAGCAGGAACAACACGAAUACAGUCCUGCUGUAUUCUCAGAGCAGGAACAACACGAAUACAGUCCUGCUGUAUUCUCAGAGCAGGAACAACACGAAUACAGUCCUGCUGUAUUCUCAGAGCAG